AUGUCCGCUGCACAUCCUGCCGCCAGGAGUCCCAAAGAAACUAUCAUGUAUAGAAACGAGCACUCCGAAGAUUCGAAUCCUCCUCAUAUAAAACACGAAAACACCGGUACAAUCCGCAAUCGUCUCCAAACCCUCGCUAUUCACUUCGAUCUGGCAGACGAUAUAAGGACAGAAAAUACGGAUAUGUCAGAUCAUGGGGAAAAAUCAGAGCUUGUCAUGAGAUGGGGUAAGGCCAUGGCCAAAAUCUGCGAGGUCAACCAUCGUGGGCUCUAUCUGCUUCUUAUGUCAUUUUAUCAUCAAAUUGAUCACAACCGUCGGCUUCUCCAACUAUCCAGGGAUUGCUCUACUUCUAAUGUUCAGGGACUACAGCCUUUUCUGAGAGGCAUUCCUGAAUCCAAAAAGUUAACCUCGGAAGCUUUGAUAUCAUAUCUUCAGCAAAACCAUCCUGAGCCAAUUUUUCGAUUGGUUAAGUGGAUGCAGAUCAAUUUCGGGCAGAACUACUUCCCUCCACCUGACUUCUUAAAAGUCUCUGGCUUUUCGGACGAUAUAUGGCAAUUUGCCGUCCUCAAUCCACCAGCACGAAUUCGAGAUCGAUUUAACGUAGCUGUCACUCGGAACAACGGACAAACGUCGGUACGAUGGCACGGUACUGCAAUCAAUACACUUCACUCGAUCCUUCAAAAUGGUUUCCAGACCAAUAAAAUCUGGACUGCUGGAAAACCAGGCGUAUCAUGGCGAUAUGCUUUCAAACAGGGGGCUCGCGACGCACUUAAAGCUGUCCGUCAUCCAUUAUAUGACCACGGCAUAUUACUAGGUCUGGAAGUGGCCGACCCGCCGGUUCCUUCAAUUCUCACUCAUUUAAAGACCGAUUCCGACAAGUUCAUGGUGAGGUAUGUAUUCGUGUUACCUCCAAACACGCCAAAGCCUAGGGCUACAGCUUCGAGACAUAUAGCGUUGUCGAUGGAGGCGGCAUUUAGGGAGUGGCCUAGUGAGGUGAAAGAUGGAGACAUGAGUAGUUAG